CGUUUCUCUCUGGUCUACUUAUAAAAGCGUGGACGGCGGCCGUGGGGGCAGCACUUCGCACUCGCAGACCAGUGGGAACAGCCCGCGCACUCACAGCCGACCAGCACCGCCACCCCCAACACACAUCACCAUGUCUCUGGAACGCGCCGUCCGCGCCAAGAUCGCCGCCAAGCGCGACCCCGUGCUGGAGAAGGAGGCCCAGGGCUGGAUCGAGACCAUCCUCGGCCGCAAGCUGGAGGAGCCCUUCGAGGACGCCAUCCGCGACGGCCAGGUGCUGUGCGAGCUCAUGAACAAGCUCAAGCCCGGCGCCGUGCCCAAGAUCAACUCCUCCGGCGGCCAGUUCAAGAUGAUGGAGAACAUCAACAACUUCCAGAAGGCCAUGAAGGAGUACGGUGUCUCCGACGUGGACGUCUUCCAGACCGUCGACCUCUGGGAGAAGAACAAGGACUUUGCCUCAGUCAUCAACUGCCUCUUCGCCCUGGGCCGUGAGACCUACAGGCACCCCGAGUGGACCGGACCCAAGCUGGGACCCAAGCCCUCCGACGAGUCCAAGCGCGACUUCACCGAGGAGCAGCUCAAGGCUGGCCAGACCAUCAUCGGCCUCCAGGCCGGCCAGAACAAGGGUGCCACCCAGGCGGGACAGAACAUGGGCGCCGGCCGCAAGAUCAUCAUCGGCAAGUAAGAAGCUGCCAUCCUGGGGAACCACCAGGACGGCGACGAGGAGGACGACGACGACGACGACAUCGUCGUCUUUCUCGUCCACCACACCAUCAUCAUCACCAAUCACCUUCAUUAUUUAUUAUGACUUUUAACUGUGACGAUGUAGUGACGUGUGAGAGCGAGGCGCUAUGGGUGACGUUUAGAGAAGGAAAUCGAGUGAUAUUCUCGGGAGGAAAGGGGUGAGAAUGUGGUGCGAGUCGUGUGUACCCGGACUGGCGGCCGCCCGCAGCGCCCUUUAGCGGGUGGGGCCACUCCAGGUCGCCGAAGUUGAACAGGUACAGGAUGUGGCGGGAGGACUCGCCCGGACCCCGUCGAGCACCGGCCGACGGCCAGAAUCGGUCACGGGGAGCGCCUGCCUGCGUGUGCUGUGAGCUUAUCAUAUCAUAAAUCCAUUUUAUAACGUUUUAUCUUUAUUUUGUAUAUAAAAAAUGAGAGAAAAAAAUGUUUAAAAAAAUGUUGUAGAGGCAGCCAAGAAAUGAUCGAUUGUUGAUAAUUGUUAUUUUGUAAAUCCAAGAAUUAGAUAGAGAGUGGGGUAUCGGAGGAUUGCAUAGACGUAAGCAGAGGCCAGCGAGCAGCUGGGAAACGAUGUAUGUUUUGUAAUAAACUGGUUGUUUUUUUUGUAAGCAUAAAA